UGAAGAAAGCAGACAUACUGAAGCAAUCCAUGCAGCGCCUGCAAAAACAACCGCUGUGGCUUAGCUCUACCGGUCCAACGGCUUCCUAGCGGACCUAGACAGUUAGCUUACGCCGUGUCUGCCCCGAUAGUACACUCAAGCCCUGCCCGCGCUAUGCUACAGUGGUGAUACGGAGAUCCAGGCAGGCAGCUACCAAACAAAGAGUUUGCAUGUUGGAAAGAGAAUUCUGAUUUCCGAAAGCACAAGAAGAGAAAAUGGAGAGCCCAGAAGAUAACACUAUGGUAGUUAGGAUGAUGGGUGACUUUGAUCGCUUUAUUGCUAAGGAUAUUGAAAAGCGAAAGAGAGAGCAGCACUCGAGAGAGCGAGAAGGUGACCUGUUGACAGCUCACGGUCGCAUUGCCAAGGUGGAGAUGGAGAUGGAAAUGAUGAAGGCUAAUAAUAGGAAAGCAAGACUCGAGGCUGAUGAAGAUGUGCAGAAAAUCAAAAAGAAAUUACAGAUGAAGACCGAUGCGGUCUCAGAGUUACAGUGUCAAUUAGAGUUCAUCUUGAAGCAUGAGAAUCAACUCAAGCGUGACUUGGAGGAGGAGAAGAGCAGCAAGGCUGGGAUGAGGAAUCAAUUCAAUGAUCAGAUUCAAGACUUGAGAGAGAAGAAGCUUAAGGUGGACACAGCAUUACAAGAGCAUCAGUUCAGCAGUCGUGAUACCAUCUCCAAGCUCUCCAAUGAUCUCACUAGGAAAGAUGCUGAGAUGAAGCUGUUACAGACUGAUUUGGAGGAGGCCACAACACAAAUGAGAUACCAAAUGAAGAGAGGUAUAGGUGCAAGCAGUCAAAGAAGAGCAAUAGAGGAAUACAAGGCACAGCUGGUUAAUGCUCAACACAAAAUACAGGUUCUCGAGCAACAGAUUGAAGCUCAGAAAGACAGUGCUGUAGUUGCCAGGGCGGUCCAGAGUGAUGUACAGAAAGUCGGUAAACUGGAACUAGAAAAUACAAAACUGAGACAGGAAAAUGCUUAUUACAGAGAAACCUGUGAGAAUAACAGUCUACUGAAGGAGAAGAUGAGUGGACUAGAAGCCAAACUUUUGAGAGCAGAAGAACGGUCGACUCAGCUGGCUGAGCUUCAGGUAGAGAAUGAAGAUCUGAGAGCAAGGCUUCAUCGCUGGGAAUCCAUCAGUGGGGAUCAACCUUCAAGACCUAAGUCACCAUCUGAGAUGGUCCAAAAGAUAUGUGAUCUACAGAGGGGGCAAGUGAGCUUAUUAGAACAGCAAGGCCAGUACAUGGCAAGUGCUCACUCCCAUGAGGAGGCAUACAAAGCAACAAAGGGAGAUCUCAAGUCCAUGAAGCAGCUGCUCGUAAAGGAAAAAGAGCAGAAUAAACAACAAAAUGAUCUAGUGAAAAGACUUCAGAGGAGACUGCUCAUGUUAACCAAGGAGCGUGAUGGGAUGAGGCAGAUCUUGAACUCCUACGAUGCAGAGGUCACCCACUCAGGCUUUGAGUUACAAGCUAAUACAAGACUAAAGCAAGCUGAAGAGAACGUUCAGAUGUGUCAUCGUCAGAUUGAGCAGCUUGAUGCGGCUCUAGCGAAGAGUAAAGAAGAGGCUGGGCACUACAGACUGCAAGUCAAACAGCUAGAGCUUGAGUUGGUUCACUUGAAGGAUGAGCUUACCAUGACCAAGGAAUCUCUUUCCAAGAUAGUGCCAGGAGGAACGUCUGAAUCAGAUGAAGAACUGAAGAAGAGAGUGGAGGAGCUUGAGGAGGAGUGUAAGAAACUAGCAGAGAGGAAUGAAAGCCUGGAGCUUCAUCUUGAAAGGAGUGCACUGAAGGGAGACUACGACCCAACGAAGACAAAGAUUAUAACAUUCAGCAUGAACCCAGCAGCGAUGGCAAAGAAGCAACGAGGAGAAGAGCUGGAGAGAUUAAGAGCAGAGUGUGAGACCUUGAGGCAGCGUGUGAGGGUUCUAGAGGAGUCCUCAGGGGAAGGCGCUUCUAGUGAAACCGUAGCUAAUCGCAUCGGAGAGGAACAGACUAGAGCAGUACAAGAUGUAAGGAAAGAGCUUGGGUUGUCAGAGUUACGCAAUCAGCGACUAAAGGAGGUAUUUGCGCAGAAGAUCCAGGAGUUCCGUCAAGCGUGCUAUCGGUUGACGGGAUACCAGAUUAAUAAUCCUACAACCAACCAAUACAAGCUGCUAUCCAUGUAUGCAGAGUCACCUAAUGAUAUACUACAUUUUCAGAUGACCCCAGCUGGUGAAAUGGAUCUACUAGCCAAUGAGUUCUCUUCAUCUUUAAGUCACAUGGUAGAGGAGUUCCUACUCCAUGGUCAUAGUAUCCCAGCAUUCCUUAGCUCUGUGACCCUUGACCUCUUCAGCCGACAGACUGUCAUGAGAUGAACCCUCUUAAAAAUCUUAAAGUCUCUUUUUUUAUGUGUUGAUAUUUCAUUCUUUAAAUUGUAUGUAGUUCUUAUUAUUGUCUAGUUUUAUGUUUCAUGCAUUUGUAUGACUGCAUUUGUUUCUUAUCUACAUGUAUGUGAGCAGCUUUUUUGAUAAAGGGCAUUGCAGGGAUUUGCAAGGUGAAAAUCUCAAAACUUGAAGGGAAAAAAAUGUUGGACAAAAUCAUAAUUCAAAACUGUUCUAAAAGUAUUGUGGCAAAAUAUUUAUUGUCAGCAAAAUUACAGUCAUUUUUCUUUUCAAAUUUAGACUGCAACUGGCAGUGAUUUAUUUACCCCCAUUUGUUGUGUACAAAACAGGGGCUUCAAUUUUUAGUCAUAGAGAGAAAACCACAAGGUCUGUUGAUCUGAAAUUGUGCAUAUACUUUCAUAAAAUCAUCUUCUGCUGCAGAUAAGUUUUUGAGAUAAGUUUGUGAGGGCUAGUAAAUCCAUGAUAGGGCCUUUUGAUGUAUGUAUAUGGUACUGUAUCAGCCCCAAUUAAAUGUAUCCUGUGUAGUCUCAGUCUGUGUUAGCUCAAAAGGUAAUGGCAAUGGUAUGCUAUUGUGAGGAACAUCACUUUAUGAACAAGCCUUAGUUCUCUCACCCAAAGAGUGUUAUAAAUUUGACAUCAAAUGCGAUGGUGGAGAAUAAAUUGCUAAAUCAAAUGCAGUAAGGGGUAAGGAAUCCUUUAAGAAAUUCUUUCUCAACAGUUUGUAAAUUUUGUAUGUACCACCCUAACACUACAAUGUCAACUGUGUACACAGAAACAUUUUUAGUUGCAUUUAUCAUGCUAUAACAGUAUUUUAUUUUUCUAAAGCACAAGGAAUAAGGUAGAUACAAAAUGUCUUAUUAAUUUUGUAUGCAACAGUUUUGAGAAGUUAUGUAAUAAAAUGUUUUCCUUUAUUAAAAUA